AUGUCUCCCCAAAGACCAAGCCUACCAGGGCUCAUCACCGACUUCUCCCACGACUCACCAGACCAACUCAUAGAAGCGAUAGCCUCAACACUCUCAAUAUCGCUCAACGACAUUCUUCUCUUUGAUUCUUUCACCGAGCUAGGCGGCGAUGAAGAAGCAGCCGAACUCGUCCGUCAAACAUGUCAAAGCAAAGGCUUCGAUAUUAAAAGCGACGACAUAAUGGCGUGUCAGACGCUAGCCGAGCUUCAGACAAGAUGUACGCCAAAGUCUAGGUCUGACUCGGUAGAGUCUUAUUCUUCGUCUUCCAGCGGAAGUGUUAGGGGGGUUAGUGGUAGGGCUGCAGGGGGAACCUCAGCGGUGGACCCUAAUUUGGAGAGCUUACUUCAGUCAUUUCCCAGCGUCAGCAGCGUGUGCAUGGUCUGGCCCAGAGCAGGCCCAUUCGACGGCCAACUCGUUGCUCUUAUUAAGAUCGACCCUAGCCUCCAGCUCCAGAGCAGUAGCAGUAAAUCUCUACCUAUCGACUCUGUUAGGGACGAGAUUUCUUCACUUCGCAUGGCCGUGCAGCAGCCCCAGAUAUGGAUUCCCACCGACUUUGACUUUGACGAUAAUAAACGUGGCGCGCAAACAUGGGUGCAGAACAUGGACGAGAUUACCUACAAGGAGGUCAUGAAGCUUCAGAUUCCUACGCGACGGCGGGUGGUGAAGAGACAAAUGCCCAGGGUGGGGAGUGAGGAUUUGGAGGUGUUUCCGAUGAGUUCGAUGCAGCAGCUUUACCUGGCUGCUGUUGAGAAUGAGAGUGAGAGUGAGAGGUGGACGAAAGGGCUCAUGGUUAGGGUUAAAGGCGGUGCGGAACCGGCUGAUGUCGACGCCGCGAUUGAAGCCAUCAUCGCUAGGCAUGAUAUGCUCAGAGCACGAUUCGUUAAGGGCGAUGAGUGGAUGCAGUGUGUUACUCCCAAAGGCACGAAUUCCUACACCCUUUCGCAUCAUGUUGAUGUUGGUGAGGAUGAGAUACUCGCGCUCAUCAACGAAACCGAAGAUACGAUUGAUCCAUUCGAUGGACCGGUUUUUGCGGCAAUGUAUAUUCACAACCAGGACAAGCAGAUGCUAUACCUCGCGGCGCACCAACUCAUUCUCGAUUCACUAUCCUGGAGGAUCAUUCUCAACGAUUUGGAAGAGUUGCUCCAAAAAGGCACGCUUUUGUCGGAGGGCAGUGUGUCGUUUGAGCGGUGGAUUGAGUAUCAGGGCCAUGAGAUGGAGCAGAGGUUGUUUGAGCCGACACUUCCGUUUGAUGUCUUCUCGGCGAAUCUGGAGUAUUGGGAUCUGGAUCCGGAUGCGAAUACCUACGGAAACUCAGACCGGUUGUCUUUUCAACUCACUGCGGAACAAGCGUACUCUCUGGAGCGAUCAUCGGCGCAGGUCUUGAGAACAGAUUCGGCAGAUGUUAUACUCGCUGCACUCCUCCUUUCAUUCUGCCAGGUCUUUCCUGAUAGACUUUUACCGACGUUAUGGAAGCAGGAAAAUGGGCGGGAUGCUUCAGAGGGAGAUUUUAACAUUUUGGAAACGGUCGGGUGGUUCGCUUCACUAUGUCCAAUCGGUGUGUCUGUUGAUCCAGAGACAGAUUUGAUUGAAGUCAUCACUUUGAUCAAGGAUACAAGAAGGAGCAUACCAAGAUCAGGUGUUCCGUUCUUCAAUUCCGAGUUUUCAUCAUCUCAAGGCGCAGCGAUGAACACACCCCUCGAAAUCAUCUUCAACACUGUCGAUACUGCGAAACAGCUUCAACGAAAGAACGGAUUGUUGGAACCUAUCGCCCUACCUGGCCAAUCUCAUUUCAAGUCCACCACUGGAUCCGAUAUUGGAAGGAUCGCUCUUUUCGAAGUCUCAGCGAUGAUGGAUAACGCUGGAGGUCAGAUUGAUGUGAUGUACAGCAAGGCCUGCAAAUUCCAGGACAAGAUCCAGACAUGGAUUCAAGUAUUUGAGUAUCAACUUCUCGAAGCUAUUACGAAACUCGAAUCUCACGAACCACGACUCACACUCUCCGACAUUCCUUUAAUCCAAUCAUCAUAUCAAGCUCUUGAGCGACUCACAUCAGAUCGAAGGAUUAACGUCAAGGACAUUGAGACGAUACAGCCCAUCACACCAGCCCAGCAAGAACUCCUCAUCGCACAAUCUCAAAACAGCGAAUCCUUCCACGUCCAUGUAUCUCACGAACUCACCGGUUUGAACCACAUUAUCGAUGUUACGAGGUUGUGUGAAGCGUGGGAGGUCAUUGUUGCAAACACACCUGCUCUACGGAGUAUUUUCAUCGAUGCUGUUUCAAGAGAGGGUUUGUUUGAUCAAGUUGUGCUGAAGAAAAUCUCACCGAAUAUUCUAUUCAUUGAGACGAUGGACCCGAGAGAAGCGAUUGGCACGUUGCCGGGGUUGAAUAUGGGGUUUGGAGAGCCGAGACAUAGACUUUCGGUGUGCUAUAAUCCUGAGGGGAUGAUGGUGAGGCUUGAUGCUAGCCAGGCACUCUGCGAUUUGCCGAGUCUUCAUCUCUUGAUAGCGGAACUAAGCCGUGUCUACUCCGGUCAAGAUCCCCAGGACAAUUCAUCGCUUCAUAACACAUAUCUCCACCAGAUAGCCUCCAUCGACACAGCUUAUAGUCUUGAAGUUUGGAAAACGAGCCUUUCCUACGCAACACCAUGUAUCUUCCCGCCCCUCUCGACCACUUCAAAGGAUACGUUCCACACCGUUCCCUUUGAUCUCGACAUUCCGACCAUGCAAAUGCGCAUGUUCUGCCAACAGAACCAAGUCCACGCCCAAGCUGUUUUCCAACUUGCUUGGGCUCUCGUCUUACGUGCCUUUGUAGGCAUGGACGCUGUUACGUUUGGGUAUCAAUUCUCCGCGCGCGAUGAACAACUCCUCUGUGGGAUUGAAGAACUGGUCGGGAGUUUUGCAACCAUUCUACCGUGUUAUAUCGAACUGCCGCCUUCCGCUUCUCUGGAACAGUGUCUUGCUAUCGCGGGAGAAGGGUAUGCCAAUGCGAGGAAGCAUGAUAAUCUCACCAUGUCUGAAGUUCAGCAUGCGUUGGGGCUCAAGGAUAAGAGGCUGUUUAACACUUGCCUUUACUUUCAUGAGGAGAAUAAUCUCGUCGGGGGCGAUGAGUUGAUAACCACGCCUUUGACAUAUGGGCGCAAGACGGAUUGUGAUGUGUCCCUUACGCUUAUGUUCAUCAACGAUCGUUUACACGUCAACUUCACAUCCCGACAUCUCUCAACUUCUCAAAUUCAGAGUGUUAUGAAUAGUUUUCACUCAGCCUUAACGCAAAUCCUCACGACACCCCAAAGGCUCAUCGUGGAGACAGAUCUUCUUACAGAUAGGGACUACGCCCAACUCGUCGUUCAAGACUGGGCCACCCAAUCUCAAAAAAUCUCAUCCUGUCUCCACGAUGUUAUUCUUCAGCAUAGUCUUCUUCGUCCAGACGCAGAAGCUGUCUGUUCCUGGGACGGCGACAUAACAUACGCCCAACUCUCAACGCUCGUUUCACGCCUGAAAACAUACCUCGUCAAUCUCGGCGUCGGACCAGGAACUAUAGUCCCCGUCGUUCUCGAAAAGAACCAUUGGGCGCCCGUUAUAAUCCUCGCUGUUCUUUCAGCCGGUGCCAGUUUCGCAGCGUUGGAUUCGCAGGAUGCUAGUACGGUGAAAUCGACUAUUGAUUACCUCAAUCCUCAUAUCGUUCUGGCGACUGAGACGGCUUGGAAGGAUUUGAGUUCGUUGGCGAUCAAUCUUGUCAUUGUUAAUGAUACAUUCUUCGCAAUGCUGACGCCGUAUCUUUCGACGAUGGGACAAGAGGCAAGUCCUGACCACGCAGCGUGUGUAUUUGUCGCGCCUAAGAAAUCAAGGAGUAUUUUCUUCACGCAUGCUUCGCUACUCUCUGCAUUCUUCGCCCAAGGACCAGCGUUGAAACUCAACAGCGAAAGCCGCGUUCUUCAACUCUCAGCCUUCAACGUCGAUAUCUCCCUGGUGGAAAUUCUUGGAACUUUAGUUCACGGUGGUUGUGUCUGCAUUCCCUCAGCACACGAACGAAGUAACGAUAUUGCGAGUGCCAUGGCUCGAAUGGAUGUGACGUGGUCGUACAUGACAAGUCUUAUCGCGAGGAGCAUCCAUCCAGAUUCAGUACCGAGUUUACGAACGCUGUGUUUUCGAACGAGAAAACUGGAUCCUGAUACAUACAUGCCGUGGAUGGAAGAUCAUGAUAUUCUCCUUGCGUAUGGCGCACCGGAUAUUUGUCCCCUCGGCAUUUCAGUCACGGAAGUUGAGAAGGAUAACAGUUUGGACGUUAUUACGCCACCGGUCACGGGUCGUUUUUGGGUUCUUAAUCCUGAUAAUCCUAAGAAGCUCAUGCCUGCUGGUGCAAUUGGUGAAUUGGCCAUCGACAGUCCUCUCGUUACGCCUCAUCGCUUUGCACUGGACAGGCCUCUCGUGGCACCAGAUUUGGAGGGUGAGCGACAGAGACCUCGAUAUCUCAAGACAGGGCAUCGUGUGCGCUAUCUCGACGACGGAAACGUCCAGUUCAUUUCUAGCGUUCGCGACGAGGUUAGAGUCGGAGGUCUAAUGGUCGACGUCGCGCAAGUUGAACAACUCAUGCGUCAUUGUCUAGGCCAAGGCAUCGAUGUAGUCGUUGACUCCGUCACCAUGCGCGACACAGGUCCUUUGCUAGCUGCGUUUCUUCAACUCGGUCACGCUAUGCAACCUAAUGAGAAUCUUCACACUCUCACCCCUGAGACUCGAGAACGGACGUAUAUCGCUAAGAAGAUGUUUGAAGCAUCCCUCGAGAACCCAACGUCCAACACACGUCGUCUUCCACGACACUCUAUCCCCGCGGUCUUUAUCCCCGUUCGAGCAUUUCCAAUGUCAACGUCUUUAAAAGUCAACCGGCGAAAACUCCAGCGCAGCGUCGCUAAUCUCUCAACACACGAUGUUCUGCUUAUGUCGCACGUUCCUAACCCAGGAGAAAUCCAACGUGUAACUCUCUCGCAAAAACCUCUUCCCCUCACAGGCCCUGAAGAAAUGAUGCGAGAAAUGUGGGCAACUACCCUUGGUAUUUCUGUUUCUGCUGUGAAAGGCUCAAGUACUUUCUCAUCAGUCGGUGGGAAUAAGUACCUCGCUGCUCACCUCGUCAUCGCAGCUCGCAAAUUUGGUGUUUACAUCUCACUAUCUGAUCUGUUAGGUGAACGGUCACUUACCGAGAUAUGUCGCUCUGCCGAGUCUUCUACGAGGAAAGUCUCGGCUCGAAAACAGGUCGCGAGGAAGAUUGAUACGAAAUUCGUCAAGGAGGUCAUCGCGCCGCAGCUUGGAGUUUCUUCACCUGAUGUUCUUGACUUCACUGAGGCGUCCUCCCAACAAGUUCGCGCUCUUGAACUAGGAAUGUUUCCAAACCGAGCUGAUAUAAUCUGUCUCGCACUUCGUUUCAACGGUCCCAUUGAUGCAUCGCGUCUCGAAACAGCUUGUAAAGGACUGAGCGACAUGCAUGCUAUUCUCAAUGUAGCGUUCAUUUCGCACCUUCACAUGGCUUAUCAAGUCCACUGCGCUUCUUUCAAGCCGCCAUUCUCAACCAUUUCUUGCAGUACAGGCUCUCUUGAAGAAGUCACGCAGAAUCUUAUCAAGGAGCAUCAAUCUCUACCUUUUGACCCAACGACACCUGUUACGAACUUUACAUUCUUAAAUGCAGAACAACAAGGAUGCUUGGUUAUUCGUCUAAGUACAUCUCAAAUCGACGAUGUCGCCGCUCAUUUACUCGUUCACGAACUCACAGCUCUCUACGAAGGAGACGAUACGACUGACGUACCGAGAUCUUCGUAUCUUGACUACACGCGCGCUUCACGAGUAACGCGUGCUCAAGGUCUAGAAUACUGGAAUGUUCAACUUGAGAAUGCAAAGAUGACAAAAAUCAUCGCUCAUACACGCCCUGCUGCUCCAGCGUCUCUGUCUGAGAUUCGAACGGUAAACCAUACAACUUCUCUAGGCCAUCUAUCCUCCUACGGCAUGACUCCUGAUGCAGCGCUAAAAGCAUCAUGGGCCAUCGUCCUCUCAACACUCUCAUCCUCCCACGACGUUCUCUUCGGCGAAGUCAUCCACACUUCAACCCCGGAUAUCGUCGGUCCCAUGACAAACAUCCUCCCUGUACGAGUCCAAUUCCCUUCCAGUCACAGCACACCCCUCGAUCUCAUGAACUGCAUCCAACUCCAGCGCCAAUCCCACUCUCGCUUCGAAACAUUCGGGUUUCAAGAACUCAUCAACAAAUGCACAAACUGGCGCGCCUGUACACGCUUCAGCACCGUCCUUCAGCAUCACAUCCCUGGACCGCACGAUGGAUCGUCGACGAUGAAUAUCGACGGUGCGACGUUUACGUACAAGAUGGUAGAAGCGUGGACGAGGGACUUUCCAGAUCUUUUUGUAAGGUCGAGCAUUGAGGCGAAUGAUCGUGUUGUUCUGGAGAUCAAGUACUCUGAGGAACGACUUACUGCUGCGUUUGUGCAGAGUUGUUUGAGUUUGCUUGUUGCGGCGUGGGAGACUAUUACGCAUCCUGAGACGAUUCAUCAACCGAUGGUUCACUCGUCAGAUGAGAUUUCGAGAUCACAGAGGCAGAUCCCUUUACCUGCGAAACAACCCCCUCAAGGACCGCCCGUUGAAUCGCUUGAUGCGGCUCAACGCAGGGAUCUUCAAGUUUCUAUCGUCAAGGCCUGGGAUAAGGUCAUAAAACCUUCUUCCACAAGCAUCCCAAAAGAUAAAAUCCCCACGACACCAUUCUACGCUAUCUCUGGCUGCAUUCUUCCCGCACACACUCUCACAGCUGAACUCAACAACGUCCUCCCCGUUAGCAUCACAUUGGAAGACGUCCUCGCCCAUCCAAGCAUGCACUCUCAACUCGAGCUCCUAACACGUCUUCUCCCUCCCAAGUCAGACUCUGGAUCUUUACUCCGCCCAAAGUCAAGGUCCGGUCCCGAGCGCUCAACGACAACAGCACUUCGCAACGGGCUACGAAAUCUCAAGAACAGAAAUAGCAUGCUAAGUCUGAAAAGCAGCUGGAUCAAAAACAAGCGUCCCUCAACAGCGCACUCGGACGAUGAGCCUGUUCCCGUUAUCCCAGAGACAGUACCAGAAGCGCCCGUUCAAGAAGUCCUCUCGCCCAUCCCAACGAUUGUAAUUCCGGAGAUUGGGUCUUCAGAUACACCCGUUAGUUCAAGCGGGCCAAUGUAUGAACUCGACGGCGGUCCCGUUCUCGGCGAUAGACGAAGUAGCGGAGGAUCGUCGUGGAGAACAGUUGAAGAGGGAAGUUUGAUGAGUCCUGUCAGCCCAGUGAGUCCAGGACGGAGGGUGUCGACAUGGGGCAGUAUGUUUGAACUACCCAUGAGAGGACUGUCACCAUUUGGAAACAGGUCACCGAGAUGAUACACUCAUUGUUGAUUUCUUUUGUGGCGCUAUGCCUGUUGAGGCUG